GCGGCGGCGGGGGCCGGACGCGCUGGCGCCCGGGCUGCUUGCACGCUGAGCCGCCGCCUCGGCCGGCUCGUCCCUGCGGCGGCUGCCUGGGCGGCCCGGCGUGCGGCCCUUCGCCAUGUACACCUUCGUGGUGCGCGACGAGAACAGCAGCGUCUACGCCGAGGUCUCCCGGCUGCUGCUCGCCACCGGCCACUGGAAGAGGCUGAGGCGGGACAACCCCCGGUUCAACCUGAUGCUGGGAGAGAGGAACCGGCUGCCCUUCGGGAGGCUGGGUCACGAACCUGGGCUGAUGCAGUUGGUGAAUUACUACAGGGGGGCAGACAAACUGUGUCGCAAAGCUUCUUUAGUGAAGCUCAUCAAGACAAGCCCAGAACUGGCUGAGUCCUGCACGUGGUUCCCCGAGUCCUAUGUGAUUUAUCCAACUAAUCUCAAGACCCCAGUUGCUCCAGCACAGAAUGGAAUCCACCCACCGAUCCACAACUCAAGGACAGAUGAAAGGGAAUUCUUCCUGGCUUCUUAUAACAGAAAGAAAGAAGAUGGAGAGGGCAACGUUUGGAUUGCGAAGUCAUCGGCCGGUGCCAAAGGUGAAGGCAUCCUCAUCUCCUCAGAGGCUACAGAGCUUCUGGAUUUCAUAGACAACCAGGGCCAGGUGCAUGUGAUCCAGAAAUACCUUGAACACCCUCUGCUUCUGGAGCCAGGUCACCGCAAGUUUGACAUUCGAAGCUGGGUUUUGGUGGAUCAUCUGUAUAAUAUCUACCUCUAUAGAGAGGGCGUGCUUCGGACUGCUUCAGAACCAUAUCAUGCUGAUAAUUUCCAGGACAAGACCUCCCAUUUGACCAAUCACUGCAUUCAAAAGGAGUACUCCAAGAACUAUGGGAAGUAUGAAGAAGGGAAUGAAAUGUUCUUCGAGGAGUUCAAUCAGUACCUAACAAGUGCUUUGAACAUCACCCUGGAGAACAGUAUCUUACUACAAAUCAAACAUAUAAUAAGAAGCUGCCUCAUGAGUGUGGAGCCUGCCAUCAGCACCAAGCACCUCCCUUACCAGAGCUUCCAGCUCUUUGGCUUUGACUUCAUGGUGGAUGAGGAGCUGAAGGUCUGGCUCAUUGAGGUCAACGGCGCCCCUGCUUGUGCUCACACAGUUCCCCGAUAUGAACAUGUGUGUACACAGCGGAUGUUCCCAGCUAUUAAAAAAAGCUCUCCCUGACGCCACAUCCUGCUCCAGUGACCGCUCCCUCUCACUGCUCCCUUCGCAGCCAAACUUCUGGAAAGCAGCAUCUGCACCGCCGUCUCCUCUUCUUCAAUUCCCAUCUGUGCGCUGGUCCAUUCCAGCCUGACUUCCAUCCUGACCGCCCCACAGAAAUGAAGGUCCCCAGCCAAGUCCACAUUGCCAGGUCCAGUGGCCCCUGCCAGUCCUUACUUCCUGGACCUCUCAGCAGCAUGUGAGGCAGCUGACCCCCACACCUUGUUGGAGCUCUUCUGCUGUGGCUUUGGCUACACUCUGUACGGGAAGGUUUAACGGGGGAGGUAUGGGCAAGACUGGCUUCUUGUUCCCCAUCCGCCGACCAGAGUCAGUGCCUUAGCCCCGGGUGUGUCUUUUCUCUCCUCUACACUUUCUCUGUAUGUGAUCUUACUCAACUUUGUGCCUUUAGAACCACCAAAUUACAUCAUAGCCCAGAGUUCCAGACUGGUGUCUCAUUUGCCUUCCUGGUGUCGUGCAAGGAUGUCUGAUAGGCCCACCCCCCAGAGUUGCCCAUCUCGGUGACCGUCCACCUCCCCUCAGCCCAGAGCCUAAGCCGGAAACCUGCCUACUCCUUUCCAUUACCCUCACGUUCUGUCCAUUGAGGCCUUGUCGGUUCUGUCUCCAGCCUCAUCAGUCCUCUGCCCUCCUCUGCCCCUGCCCUCGCUCUCCCGCAGUCCUGCAUUGUUGAGGAGGGUUUUGCAAAGAGCCUUCUAACUGGGAUCUCCACUUCUGCUUUUGUCCCCAAAAAAUCUACUCUCCCUGGAGCAGCCAGAGUGAUAAAAUGGAAACCAGGCCAUGCUGUUCUCUAGACUUUCCAUCACUCCUGGGAUAAAAGCCAGACCCCUCCCUCUACCUGCAAGGCCACUGCCUCUCCAGCCUCACCCCAAGCCACCAUUUCCCUUCCAGCUCUUAGCUGCUGUGGGGCCUUUGUGCUUCCUCCUUCCUCUGCAUGGAGCCCCUGCAACACACACACCAGUCUUAUCAAGGCUGGUUCCUUCUCUACGAAAAUGGCAUCUCAGGGAAGCCUUCCCUGAACAAUCCCAUUUCUGAUUUCUCCAGCCAGAACCUCAGUGGUUUCCUUCAUUACACUAAUUGCCAUCAAAUUAACCAGUCUUUGUUUUCUUUUCAGAAUGUAUGCACCGUGGGGGCAGUAGCCUUGUUUCUCUUGUUCUCUGAGUCCCAGUGCCUGGCACUCUGCCUGGUGCAUCAUACACUGUAAACAUUAGUUGAAUGAACAAAGAGUGUGUUCCCGGUCAACACUUUUAUUCACCUGAUUCAGUAAUUCCUUGGGUUUUCUCUAAGUAGAGACAUCUUUCUAGCUUCCUUCUAUUCCCUGGUGACUUUGGCGCUUAGAUGUAUAAGAUGUAUUUAUCCUUAAGACCCGUCCUUAUAUCAGCUGGGAGGGGGUUUCAGGGAGCAGGCGGGUUCUGUCUGCUUACUAUAAAGAGCUUUGAGAAUGUUGAAAAGUGGCUUAAAUGUCAUAGUGUGCAUAUUCAAGACAGGGAUGCCAUCAUGUCUCAACGGUGGAUCAAGGACUGGAAUAUAAAAUGCAGUCAGCAUGCAGGUCUCCAGUGUAAGAAAGGAAUAAAAGAAUCCCACUGUCCUGUGGGGGGAAGGUGACUCUGUUUCUGUUUCUUCCUGAAGCUUGUUCGGAUGUUCAGUAGGCAUUUUGCUCCAGGGUGGCUCUUUGAUUCUAAGCAUAAAUCCUAAGUCAAGAUACAGGUAAUCUGGUGUAGUUCCUUAUAAGACUAAACAUUUUCAGUAGACAUUGGACCCCAAGGGUGCACCCCCAGUCUCUGUCCUGGAAAAGGUGGAUCUGCCUCUUUUUGCUAUAGAAGGAUUGCAGGAUACCCAGUCAAGGGGAGAGUGAAGAAACAGCAACUUCUCCUUGGCUCAGUCGGAGUGUUCAGUAAUGGCUUUGACUUCCUUCUCACCAGCAGCACCCAGGCGCCUGGCGGAUACUCACCUGUUUCGCUAACGUGCUUUGUAAGAUCAGGUGAUGCUGGAGCCCGACGGAGGCUUCUGAUGAUAGAGCCCUACGAUUGUGUACCAGUGUUCACAGUCUUCUUUGGGCUCCAUCUCGCUGGCUGCCACACAGCCACUUGACGUCUGUUGGAGUCCCUUUGUGCUCAGAGUCCUCACGAGAGCAGUGAGGUGUAGGAGAAUAGCGGGGUUUAGGGACACGUAAAGAUGAGUGUCCUCGAACAAGUCCACUGGAGUGGGGAGACAGACACUGCCCAAUUAAUUAUUGUAUGAAUCAUAUUGUGUUAUAAGUGCUGUAAUAGGAAAUAAACAGAUUCUAUCUUUUAGGUGCAUGAUUUUGAGUGGAGAGAGCUCUUGGGGUGGGGGGCUUACUGUGAGGUAGCCUGGAAAGCCACGAGGGCCCCAGGCCACACUGAGAGGCGUAGGCAGAUAGGUCUCAUGAUUUACUCUUUUUGCUACAUGAAAAUGAGCAGGUUGUCACAGGGCGUACUAUUGCCUGCAUAUAGUACCUCCUACACCAGAAAUACCUGAGAUGUGAGUUGACUUGACCAUGUUCAAGCUGCUCUGCGCCCUCUCCUCUUACCCAGCAUUCCAUUUGGAAAGUACCUUCCCAAGGUGGUUAGUGACAAGCAUCGUGAAACACUGAACCUGGCGUGUUUUGACAGCUUGUGGCUCUUGGUGACUUGCCGAGUCUCAGGUUUAGUACCCACCAUCACUCCCCUGCAGACCUUCUUGUCCCUGUCCCUUCAGAAGUGGGAGGUCCAGUGGUUUGGCCAGUUUGUUGAAAACAGGACUUGAUUUGUGUACACAGAAAGGACAGGGGCUGGGGAACUGGGGAGAGGGGAGAAGGAAAGAGCAGAGGUCUAGCUGGCAGGUGAAUGUCAGCUGGCAGUUAGACUUCCCGAGACACAUAAUGGAAGAGUGGCUUUUCAUGAGCUUUCUUCCCAGAGGGCCUUACAAGAGGUUGGAACAUAGAAGGACCAGCCUCAAGGGCAAUAAAAAGGGACAGAGGUGGGAGGAAAGGUUCUGGGAGCAUGAUAGUAGGGAUUUUCCAUUGCAUCAGGAGGAUGGGAAUUAGAUUGUGAGGACUUUCUCCCUGGUGGAGAUUGGAAUAUAGCAUCUUCCGGAAAUCGGUCAGGACAGUAAAGAUCUCUGUCCCUCUAGGUCAGGCUGGCCUGGGCUCCUGUCCUUGGUUCCAGCCCCCUGGAUUCCAAAUGUAUCUUGAGCGAGUUGGGUGGGUGGGCACAUCUGGCCAAGAGCAUCGUCUCAGAUGUGGGUUUUCUCUUUGGACCACACAUCUCUGGUUUUUCCCUGAGAGAGCUGGCUCUGGGGCCUCGUGGGCUGCCACAUGUGAUGGGCAGAAAUCCUAUAAGGGCUUAGUGGUCAUGGGAGAUCGAGGGCCCCAUUGCUACUCUGAAGAGACUAGAUGGGAGGUUUUCCUCCUUAGCUUUUCUGCUUUGGUGGUUCCAUUGCCUCUGGAUGAAGUCUAGACCCCUGAAUGUGGCAUCAGGCCCUACAUGGUCUGGCCCCUGGCUUGUCCCAGCCUCACCCUGCACUGAUCCACUUCCCCAAACACCCUGAGUUCAUGCUCCUUGGUGGUGCUACUCCUUCCAUGUGUGCUGCCCUCUUCUCCCCCACCCCUAACUCACCCUCUCCCGCUCUGUCUCUCCUCCUCUCCCCCUUCCCCUCCCUUGUUCUGUCCUUCUAUGUCUGUCUCCCCUCCCUUGGUCCUCAUUUCUACCCUGUCAUCUAUUCUUUAUCUACCUAUCUAUCUAUCUCUAUCUCAUUCUCCAGGCCCCAGUUUAGCUGUCCCUCCUGGUGAGUCUUUCCUAAGGUCCCCUCAACCACGCUGAUUGAGUGCUUUCCCAGGGGAGUACCUGCCCCUCUGUGUACGCCCACCACAGACAGCCAAGAUGGCUCUUCUCCUCUGCUGGAGUUGUCUGUCUUCCCCGCAGUUCAAGUCAGAGCAGGAGUUGUCUGUCAGUUCACCUGCGAGACCUUCCAGGCAUUCUUGUUAAAGGGAUGCUUUAUCCUCACGCAGUGCCUCCUGCACCAUUUGUAUGUACAGUGGAAACCAGUUUUAUAGGUGUGGUUGUGAGAUGGAAUUUCUAGGGCAGAUUCUGGUGAAAAAAGCUUUGAUUUUUUGCUUGCACUUUGAUGAACGUCCUCAACAAUAUUUUUUAAAAC